CCAAAUCAUGCGAAGCUCAAAAGCAAAUCGGGAGCGAGGUUGUUGACAUUCCCAAUUCACACAGCAACCGUCCCCAGCCCAAAGCACCGCAACGAAACAGCUAUCAGCAUACCAGAAGGCAAUACACAGUUUAAUCCUGAAAGAAUAGAAGAACAGAACCAAUUCGUAACCAAUCGUUUCAAACAACUGACUCAUCACCGCCCGACCCGUCCCCCAUCCCGAAGCUCUCUCCUCACUCCCAAAUUCUUCUUCAUUACAACCACCUCCAAACAAAACAUACCAAAGACACCCAAAAGCCAUAACAACCAAGCCAAAAUGUUUCGUUUCAGCAAAACCCUCGACCCAAUCACCCUCUUCCACGCGCCCACCCUGCAAGCCUCAACCCGCGCCCUAAACAUCCUCAAACAAGCCUCAGCAACAGCCUCCGAAACCGCAACGGAAGACCAAGCAAGCGACUAUGCCCGGCACGCUAAGGUGCAGCGCGGCGAGUUCGAGCUCGAAGUCACUACUUCUCCGCCGACGGUCGAUCAGCUGCGCAGUAUCCUCGACUACGUGUCGCCGGUUAGCGGUGCCGGUGGGCUCGGGGAGAAGAAUACUUAUGGGGUUGGGGAGUUGAUUAAGGGGGCUAGGGAUGCGGAGGAUGCGUUGAAGAAGUUCAAGGAGGAUAAUUCUAGUUUUGUGAGGCCGAUUACUGUUGAUUGGGUGAAUGGUCGGGCUGUCAUUGGUGACAAUGAGUCUGAGAUUCUGCGCAUGGUGCGUCAAUUGCCUGAGAAUUGA